CUGAGAUGUUGCCUGGCUACUGAGGUUUCUGGUUUUGCUCUAUGUUCCUCUUUGGAGCAUCUCAUUUCCUAAUCCAUUUGGCAGAAUGAUAGGCUGGAAUCUCCAAGGACUUCUUAAACGUUGGAUGCUGUGAGAUAAACAACAAGUGAUUACAUUAGGCAUUUUCUGAAUGCGCUCCACCUCUUACUGCAUGCAUUGUGAGACGAUUGUCAGAAGAUCAACAAGAGAGGCUCCAAAAAGACUCCCUGAUACCUAACAACCAUGAAGAGGAAGUAUGUGGCUAGAUGCUCAAUAGCAUUUCUCCUGAUUCUGCUUCAGGCUGAUGUCAUUGAUUCACGAGGCUCAAGGGGCCGUUCCCGUUCAAGCAGUUCAAAAUCUCAUUCCAGCAGUUCUGGGUCCCAAUUUGGCAGUUCUAGUUCCAAUUCGAUCAGUUCUAGCUCUGAUUCAAGCAAUUCUGAUUCUUCUUUUAGAAACGGCCCAAGAAGGAACCGUUGGGAAUCUAGCAAAUCGGAAGGAAGUUCUACCAGUUACCUUCAACCUAUGCAAGAACCGUUCUCCACAAAACAUCGCCCUCAAAACCCUUCACUAUACCCUUGGGAUUCAUACGAUGCCAAGCCAUGGAGACCGAAGCCACCCAAAGCCAAACUAAAGCAUGUGGCCGGAGCACGCAUUGCUGGCUCUGCAGUGGGAUCUGAUGGGGACUUCCUUCUUGGCGGCUCCAUGACCUGCAUGGAAUUCCAUUUUUGGGACCCCAAGGAGGAACAGUGGUGGUACGAACACCGCAAUAGCUAUUCCGACAUGGUUUAUUUCCGAAAUUACGAUCAGUAUCCUGUUCCAGAGGAUGUCUUUGUGGGAGACUGUGUGAAUGUCACUGUGGGAGAGUUCAUCAAGAACCAAACCGAUAAGAUGGAAAUUAAGGUUGUGACGCGUGUGGUGCGCCAAAUGUGCAAAGAGGAGUAUCGUGAAAGUUUCUUUCGACGUUUAAGAGAAAGUAACUCUGGGAAGAUACGCAAGAUGACAAAUACCGCCGGAGCCGUUAUUGCCAGUGUUGAAGGACCCAAUGGAGGUCAUGAUAGGGUUGUGGCUCUACACAUCUCCUUUUUGAUGAUGCUUCUCUUCCUCACAAAGCUCCUCUGUUAUUGAUCACUUGUAGAUCAUGGGCUGCCUACUACCCUGAGGUUAUACGCUUCCAUAUAAGCCUAUGCUUUGUUGUUGAUCUCAUGAUAACACUUUAAAUAAUUGCUGUAUCUUGAAAGGAAAUACUCUAAAAGCCAAAAUAUGAGGGUGGGUCCUGAUCAAGAGGGGACUAAAUGAAAGCUUUGUGUGAGAGGGAAAUUAGGGUGAAGAGCCCUCCGAUGAAAGAUGAAAAAGUUAUGGCCAACGCAAUCAAGUUGGAGGAUUUGAUCUGACACCACAGGAACCACAGCAGGAAGACCCCAAUUUGCCUGCUUCUGUCUUAGAUAAAGUAAACAUUAUUGAUGUAUUCAAACUGCAAAAUUAAAAGAAAACCUAGCAUAAUAAAGACCCUGGAAUAUC